UUUAGGAAAGGGUGUGGCGCCUUGGGUGAGUGCGCGCACCUGACGCUCUGCGUUUUUUGCAAUUGAUAAAGUGAAAACGUAUAAGUUAACUGCUCGUCUUGAUGAGGUGCCUCUGAGCAAGGUCUUUCCAGCAACAGAAACCGUAAAAUCGUCACCAUCUGAAUUGGCAACCGUGAUUUGGCGCUGGUAAAAAUUGAGGCGUAUCUUUACCGGAUAUCUAACGUACACGUACACGUAGUUACAAAACCAGUAUACACGAAAAUGCCAACUUCCCCGGCCCGACGCGAGCGUCGCCUUUUCGCGCGAGCUGCUGCGAAGUUCGGUGUGCUAUUUGCUCUGAACAAGUUUGGAGCCGCUCCAGCGGCUGUCGGUGGGGUGAAGCAGCUCGCGACGGACGUAUACGCCACUGUGGAUGAGCACGGGGAAGAAGAAUUUUCGCCCGAAGUUGGGGAGGAGGAGAGGGGUAUAGUUAGUGAUUUGAGUUCAUCUCAUGGCUGCAUAUUACAUAGAGAAGGGGGCGAAAGGCACAACUGAUACCUUUCGUGGUGACGUGUCGUCGCUUGUGAUAUAUGAACACGAUUGAUCAACUUCAACCUUAAAUCAGGUCCGUCCGCGUUUACCAACACGAACACCGGUGGGAAAGACAAGCAGCAAAUUGAGGUUGCUACUAGUAUUGCGACUUCGAAGGAGCGGACAAACACUGCACACAAGAGUACGAAAUGUGAAAACAAUAUAUAAAUACCGAAUGUCUUCAUCUACAUCGCUAGGAAAAUCAAAAUUUUGCAUGAAAUGAUAUGCAUGUUGAGGUUGAGCGUUUUUGAAAAAGAAAAUACGUAAAAAUCCCAUGCGCGACAAGGGCUAGGGCAUCAUCACACUCGCACACGUGCUCACUUCGUGAGGAAAAUAUGAGAAACCAUCUCAUGCGCGCCUACUGCUUGAUCACGAGUAAAUAGAAUGUAUGGCUUUCUUCGAUAAGGAUCUUUUUGAUAUUGUUUUACUCUGCAUACAAGAGGUGCAUCAAGGACAAAAGUCGCAGGCAUCGAAACGAAAGCAGCAAGAUAAUUCCGGGCCGGCGCAGAGUUCCCAGGACCAGGAGUUCGGGCGGCUGUUAACCCAUGUGGGGCGCUAUCAAGUGCAAAUAUGUCUGGGUCUGGGAGAUUGCGAGGUUUGUCAUGCUAGUCUGGCAUGAGUCUGGACUCUGUGUUGCGUGGCCGCAAAGAGUUCCUCUUGCCGCUCAUGCCAAAACGCAGCUUCUCAUGCGGAGUACGCAGUUCAGAACUGCGAAAAAACUUGUCAUGCUUGGCAGCGCGUGACAGUUUGCUCGCUAUUCCCUUCCUUGCAUCGCAAGAUUCCAGACCCAGACAUAUUUGCAAUGCAUAGGCUCGAGGGAAAUGCUAUUAAUAACGCUUUGCCAGAAGCUCGCUAUUUUUAUGACCGUAGUUUGGUAGGUCCUCGGGGUGGGGAUACGCAGACCGGGAAUAACCCGGCUACUGCACCAAACCCACGAACAGAAUCGGCAUCAGGAUCCACGAGCGACCGGAGUUCGGUGUGAUGAAGAUGGACCAAACUCGUCAUGAUAAAGAUGAAGGUCCACAGAGCGAUGUCUCUUUAAAAUUGAAUUCUUUAGCCUCUGCGCAGGCUAGGUGGAAAGCCUUUAUAGCAGUGGCAUCUGCAGGUAUUGCAUCAGAACAGAUUUUUAUUUGAGUAAUUCAUUUGAACUAUGACCGGUAUCUAUGGUGGUAUGUAUCUCAAUGUUUAUCGAAACCAUCCUGAACGUAAACCAGCGAUUCGAUGCCAGCCCCUCGUAAUUUGUAAAGUGGCGAUGGACGAUAACGACCGCAGAGG